AUGCUAUGGGAAGUGUUGAACACAAAUGCCACACUGUUACCCAAAGUGUUGAGUUAUUUGACAUGGGUACUUUGGUGCAUUUUGGUUCACCACACUGCUGAUGCAUCUUCUCCUGAUUCUGCGAUUAUCCAGCAAGAACUUGGUUUGGUUGAUAUAUUUCUCUGUCUGUGCCGGUUUGAGUGGCAGGCAGGGUAUCAAGAGUUGGCUACUGCUUUAUUUCAGGCAGGGAUUGAAUAUAGUAUUUUCUGUCCUUCAUUACAUCUUACUGAGCAGGGUAAGCGGAGACUGUUUGAGCACUUCUGGAAUAGUGGAGGUGCAAGACUUGGGGAAGAUGGGGCUCUUGGUUGGUCAACAUGGCUAGAGAAAGAGGAAGAACAGAGGCAAAAAGCUAUCAAGGAGGAAUCUUCACGAGAAAUUGAAGAAGGUGGUUGGACAGGUUGGUCCGAACCAUUAUCUAAAACUAAGGAAAUUGGGGAGAAGACAGAAUGUAUUGCAGACGGUAAUGUGGCUGUGGAGGACAAUGGUGAACCUGUAAAAGAAGAUAUCGUGCAGGAAGAUGAUACUGAGGCUUUGCUAAAAGUGCUGGGCAUUGAUGUUGAUGCUGAAACUGAUGGCGACAUCAGAGACACCAAUACAUGGAGAAGGUGGUCAGAAGAGGAGUUAUCUAGAAAUUCUGAUCAAUGGAUGCCCGUUCAUUCAAAAUCUGCUGGAAAUUCUGUAAGUGCUGGGGUAGCUGAUGCAGAAGAUGAUGAGCAACUUUCCAGGGUCAUAUUAUUUGAUGACGUGAGCGAUUAUUUGUUCUCAAUAAGCUCAAAAGAAGCUCAAUUAUCCCUAGUAUACCAAUUUGUUGAUUUCUAUGGCGGGAGGAUAUCGCAAUGGACUUGCACAAACAGUUCAAGUUGGGCUGAGAAGACCCUCAGCUUAGAGGCACUGCCAGAUUCUAUCUUAGAUGAUUUGAGAUGGGUUCAUGAUGUUUUGACCGAAAUAGAAACAAGUCAAGGCAGUUCUAAUCUAGAACAUCUUUUAAGCGGUCCAGAUGACAUUUCAAUGAGGACUAAUGCAAUGAAGUUUCUGCGCAACGCUACCUUGCUUUGUUUAACUGCAUAUCCACAAAACUACAUUUUGGAAGAAGCUGCUCUUGUUGCUGAAGAGCUAUACAACACUAGAAUGGGCUCAUGCAGCUGUUCAGCCACCCCAUGUCGAGCUUUAGCAAAGAACCUUUUAAAAAGCAAUAGACAGGAUAUACUGUUAUGUGGAGUUUAUGCACAAAGAGAGGCUGUAUUUGGGAAUAUUGAUAGUGCAAGAAAGGUUUUCGACAUGGUGUUGUCGUCUAUUGAAGGGCUUCCAUUGGAUUCUCGGUCAGAUGCAUCUCUUUUGUAUUUUUGGUAUGCUGAAAUGGAGCUUGCCAAUAGUUCUGGAUGUGGUUCAGAAUCAUCAUCACGUGCUAUGCAUAUUCUAUCUUGCUUAGGAAGCGGGACAAAAUACAGUUCAUUUACAUGUCAUCCAUCAAGUUUGCAACAGCUGAAAGCACGCCAAGGGUAUAAGGAACGCAUAAGAAUGCUAUGGUCAACAUGCGCACGUGGUUUUAUUGAUGAUAAUUCUAUUGCUCUCAUUUGUUCAGCUGCUUUAUUUGAAGAGUUGACCGGUGGAUGGGCUACUGGAAUUGAAAUUUUAAAUCAGGCUUUCUCCAUGGUGCUUCCUGGUAAUUUGGCCUUCCUAUGCAAAACUUCAAUGUUAUGCUAG